GGGGCCCUCCGGCGUCCCAAGCCAGCUCUUAACCAACGCGCUGCUAGGCCGGCCCCUGAUUCUUUUUUUAACGUAUAAUUGAACACAGAAGCGCACAGGUUAUGAGUGCAAACGCACGGAAGGCCCGCGCGGGCUGCCCGAGCCUCACUGCCGCCUGCUGGCGCUGGAGCGGAGGCGCCCGCUCACUGCUGGAGGGACCCACGCACCAUGCCGCAGGGACCGGGCGGGGCUGGGGGCUCGCCCCGCGGAACUGCGCGCCACGACCCCUGCAGCCCCGGGCCGGCCCGCGGUCCCCGCAGUCCCCACGUGCGGACCCGGCCCGGCUCAGGUCCACCCUCGGCGCAACCGGACGGGCUCGCCUGGGGAGCUCGCGUCCUGGCUUCCUGGGCUCGGCUGGGGAAGCUUCAGCGGCCUCCGGCCCACCCCGCCACCCCACGAUGGUGCGGGGACCAACUCGCUCGGCUGACCCCGCCGGGAGUCGUGUCGGAGGCGGACUCCCCACGCGCCCCUUGACGCCCGAGGGCCGGAACCCGACUGGGCCGGGCGAGGCCGGGCGGCAGGAGCCCGGAACCUGGAGGCCGGCUCGCGUUUCCGGCCGGCGGAACCCGAGCGCUGCACGGAGCGCGCCCGGACCGCGCGGACGGACUCGUGUCGCUAUGGCAACGCGGCUGGCCGUGCGGUUGCUCGCCGCCGGCGUUCCGGGGAGAAGGAGUGGUGAGCGCCGCAGGAGAUGGCACUGGAGGAGGCGCGCGGCCAGCUGCGGAGCCUGCAGGAGGACUUCGUCUAUAACCUACAGGUGCUGGAGGAGCGGGACCGCGAGCUGGAGCGCUAUGACGCCGCCUUCGCCCGGGCCCGCGGGCUGGAGGAGGCCUGGCAGGCUGAGGUGAGCCAGCUCAAGGUGGAGGCGGCCAGGCUGCGGCAGGCGCUGGCCCGCGAGGCCGAGCGGCGGGAGGACCUGCAGCAGCUGCACCAGCGGGAACUGCGGGAGCACCGCUUAAGGCUGUGUUUGUUGCGUAGCGACAAGAAUGGUGAGAUGGACCAGCAGCGGGAACAGUAUGAAAAGCUGAAAUGGAAGCUGGAGAGAAGGCUUCAGGAGCUCGACGGAGAACUCGCUCUGCAGAGGCAGGUAGGACGCGUGGGUGCGGGCGUCAGAGCCCUUCCUGGGGCUGCGCUGCCCAGAAUGCACCAGGACAGGGAGGGCGGCCGUCUUGUCGCUGUCUGGUGUCUGUGGGAUCACAGCUGGGUGACUGGGCAGGUGUCCCCGCUUCGGUGGCGGUCUGUAGGGGAAUCUGGUGGCGUGUCUGUCUUCUCCGAAAUCACUGCACAGUGGUCUCGUCCCUCAGAAAUGAGCAGACAUUUUCUCUCUUAUUUAUUGUAUUUUAGAAAAAAGUUUCAUAAAGUUUUCCCAGUGACAGCUGUGCAGCAGCCCAUGGGGGAGACCGACUGGAGCGCGGAGAUGGUGGCUCCAGAGGAACCGUACCAGCAGCAGCUGUCUCUGGCGGCAGAAAGGGAGCAGAGCCUGGAGCGCGAGAAGGUGCAGCUGGUCCUGGACUGGCAGCACCGCUGUGCCAGCGUCGAGAGGGACCACUACCAGAAGUCCGAGGAGCUGAUCCAGGGCCUGACUGCGGCCAGGGAGCAGGACGAGGAAGAGGAGGGUCGAUGUGACUGCAGCAAACGCACAAACCAUGGCCUCAUCGAAAAUGCGGAUGGGAUACUCCGGGAGGAGGCGGCAGCUCUGAGGUCCGGCUGGGACGCCCAGAUCGCUCAGCUCUCCCGGGACACUACCUCCAAAGACCUGCAGAUCCAGUCGCUGCGGGAGGAAGAGGCGAAGCUCAAGGCACAGCUGGCCAGGUGCCAGCAGGACGUGGCAAGGGUGCUGUCGACAGGUGUAGGUGUCGACAGGGUGUGGGUCGUGCUGGUGGUACUGGCGGUCCAGGCAUGCUUUCCUGAUGCAGCUGUUUCUGCUGUCUUUUUUGCGUGGGACUCUGCGUGGCCCGCACUGUCUUUCAGGCAUGAGGAGCUCGACCGCCUGGCCCGGGAAAGGGACGCGGUGCUGGCAUCGGUGAAGGACGCCCACGCGGAGCAGUUGCGGGCACUGGAGGCCAGGGUCGUGGAGCUGCAGGCCCACUGUGAGGCACUGGAGCUGCAGCUGCGCAGGGCUGAGUGGAGGCAGACGGACGCCCUGAAGGAAAAGGACGCCGCCCUGGACAGUAUGUGUGCAUGNGAGGAGGCGCGCGGCCAGCUGCGGAGCCUGCAGGAGGACUUCGUCUAUAACCUACAGGUGCUGGAGGAGCGGGACCGCGAGCUGGAGCGCUAUGACGCCGCCUUCGCCCGGGCCCGCGGGCUGGAGGAGGCCUGGCAGGCUGAGGUGAGCCAGCUCAAGGUGGAGGCGGCCAGGCUGCGGCAGGCGCUGGCCCGCGAGGCCGAGCGGCGGGAGGACCUGCAGCAGCUGCACCAGCGGGAACUGCGGGAGCACCGCCUGGCUCUGGAGCGGGCCCACAGGGCCAGCCUCCCCGGAGCAGGGCAGCGUCUCAAGAGCCGCUCACCCGAGUACACACGUUCACACCAGGCUGGCCACAACCCUGUUAAAAAUGACGCGGUGCCCGUGGGGAUCCCUCCGCUGAGACCCUGGCUGCUUUCUCACGCCUGUGGGAGUGCUGCCGCCAAGCUCCAGGAGGCGGAGCGGAAGCUGUGUGACCAGGAGGUGCUGCUGAAGGCCGUGACCCUAGAGAGAGACCAGGCCGUGCGGGAGCUGAGGACACACGGGCCCUGCCCUGAGGAGGAGGCGCAGCUCCGAAGCUGGGAGAUACAGGAAGCAAAGAUGCACCAGAAGCACCGCGUCACGCUGAAACGCCACGGUGCCGUGGACCUUGUCCCCUCGCCGUCCCGGUGGGGGUGCCCUGACGUCAGUCCCGUGACGGAGGGCAUGGGAGGAGCUGUGCCCACCGCUGGCGCAUCCACGGGAUCAGCGCUCCGGAGGCUGGGAGACAGGGCACAUCUCUUGAACGUCCUGGUGGCUCGGCUCAGGCAGAAGGUGCUGCAGGAGCCCCUGGACGAGGGUGCUGUCCGGCGCGAGCUUGCCCAUGAGGUGGACCAGGUGUGCCUGGAGGUGUCGGAUCCAGACCUGGGAACGCCGCUGGGCUGUGAGGAGCAGUUGACAGCUAUCUGCACCCUGCUCAAGCCCCGAGCCAAGCCCCACGCUCCAUCUGCAGUGGUUUCUAGGUGCUUCUCUGGCGGCUCCAGCACCGCCAGGCAGGGCAGACCCCAGGGUUCACCAGCACCUGCCCCAAGCUGUGUCCUCACCCGUCUGUCUCUGGAAGAGCCCGUCCCGUGGGAGUGGCGGAGCUGCCCCUCACCGCCCUGGCAGCAGUGCUGCCCGGCAGGGCAACCACAUCAUCCCCUGCCCGGCCGCAAGGCCCGCAGCCCAGGCGUGGGGACCCAGGCCCCUUCGGAUUACAGCCUGCCUUUGGGACAGCUGCAGCGCCCCUGCACGGCUCAGAUGGAGAGAGAGGGAGCGAUGACCGACAGACAGAGAGGGAGACAAACAUCUCUUUUCCUGGGCCAGCUCAGAGACCCGAACACCAAGGAGGAACGUUUCCGCGAAAGCUCAGGGAAGAUCCAGCCCCACGUGGCUCAGACAGUCCGCAGAAUCGAUACUCGGGGAGGCUGUGCAGCGGGCGAGGCGGGGCCAGGGCAGAAGCCACACAAGGUCUCUACAGGGACUUGCAAAUCAAGUCGUCAAAAAGAAAACCAGUCCCCAAAGCCACACCAGGCUCAAGAAUUCCACCAGGACAAUGGCCGCCACACCCAAAGGUCCUCAUCACUUGCCAGCAGUUCCCUCCAGGACACGUGGAAGUUAUUGGACCUGGGCUCCAGCCCUUCAGGCCUCACCUCCCAGGAUGACGCAACUCCAGAGCUCACAGCACCUCCAGCAGCCGGCAGCUUCCCACACCCUCACAGGAGCCCCAUGGCUAUCAAAGGGAAGAAGAUGGAAGCCCAGGCCAAGCCUGAAAGACCCUCCAGAGCCCACUAUGCAAAACCUAAAGGCUGCCAGCGGCCCCCAAAGGUCCGGAACUACAACUUCAAGGACUAACCCCCUUGGCUGCCCCUCCCCUCCCCACGCCCCUUCUCUCCUCUCCCACUCCUAGUUGGUGCUUGGGGCCUGUGCUUUAAUCUGCACAUUAGGGGGGGGGGGUGUCAGUGCAUGUGCACACCUGUGCGUGUGUGUGCACACAUGGGGGUGGGCUGUGAGCUGCAGCACAGGUUCCCCAGUGCUGCUGGGAUGCCUCACAGACUGAGUGCAGACCCCAUUAAAGCUGGUUGCUCGCUGG